UUCCGCCACUUCGACCAUCUAAUUUCUUGCCUACGUCUUCAUCUCUUUCUCUCAUAUUCUUCUAUCUCUGCGUCUCCAUCUCUUUGUCUUCGAUUUCCUUAUACGCCGAUUCUUCUUGUCGGUGCAUAAAUGGCCUUAUGUGCUAUUGAUAUUUUUAGUCAAUGGAUUGUUUGGAUGAUUAUACGUUUUGUUUUGAUUUAAUAUAUUUUUUUCCAUUUUCCAUUAAGAUCUGGAACAUCUUCAAACGCGCCAUCGGUGUGAGGUCAACAAACUGGGCAAAGGAAAUUGAACAGAGGUAGAUGGCAAGGAAGAAGAGGGUGUAGUAUAUUCAGAACUUAAUGGUUGAUGAACAACACUGCUUGUAUGAUAUAUUCUAGCAUUUUUCUUUGUUGAAUAGAGAUAGACCAUAGAUGAUAAUGUAAAGCUUAUUAUAUAGGGAAGUGCAUUGGACCAGAGCCUUGAAUACAUUGAAUGUAUACAAUCCAGCUGUAUGAGGUUGUGUUACUAUGUUAUUGGGCAGGAGGUGUUUGGACAGUAGCAGUCCAUUUUGGGAGGGAAACAACAUAAUCUAUUUUAUUUUCUUUUUAUAUAUAGUAGGAUAUCCCUAUAUAUAUAUAUAUAUAAGACCCCUUCUCCUCUGUUCUAAAUAAAAAGAAGAAAUCAUUGCAUUACAAGUUCACAACCUCGUAUCUAGUCCCGGAUAAAAUGGAACUCCACUCCCUGCAAUCAAAAAACAUAUUCCCCCCACUAUGCCUACUUAUCAUUCUAUCAGCUUCAUCCUUCAUUGCCCACUCUAUCGUUCCCCCAAAAUCACAAUUCAAGUAUGUUAACGAAGGAGAAUUCGGUUUCUACAGCACCGAGUACGGCCCAGAUUACCGUCCCCUGGACAUCUUCACAUCCCCAUUCCAACUCAUGUUCUACAACACCACCCCCAAUGCCUACACCCUCGCUUUACUCCUCGGCACCCGGAGGUCCGAGUCCACAAGGCGAUGGGUUUGGGAAGCCAACCGCGGCAAACCCGUCCGCGAGAACGCCACCCUCGCCUUGGGACCGGACGGAAACCUCGUCUUAGCCGAGGCCGACGGCGAUGUUGUCUGGCAAACCGACACCGCCAGCAAAGGCGUUGUCGGGUUCCGGCUGUUGCCCGAUGGUAACAUGGUUCUUCAUGACUCCAGGGGCAACUUCGUCUGGCAAAUCUUUGAUUCCCCGACCGAUACCCUCUUGGUCGGUCAGUCUCUUCGCGUUGGCGGCGUUUCCAAGCUCGUUAGCCGAGCCUCCGUCACGGAGAACGUAAAUGGUCCGUAUAGCUUCGUCAUGGAGCCCCGAGGAGUGGCUUUGUACUAUAAGAGUCCCAAUUCGCCUAAACCGUAUCGGUACUACUCGUGGGAGGAACGCCGAAGCGAGCCUCUGCGAAACGCGACGCUAACGCGAAACCUAGAUGCCUACGACGAAUCGGCUAGUGAGGUGAAUUUGGAACUGUCUUAUGGAGGUUGGGCGGUUUCGGCGAGGCCAAAGCUCAAUGCGACGUACUCGUAUCUAAGACUUGGAAUCGACGGGAACCUUAAGAUGUUCUCUUACAACAACAAGGUUGACUACAAGGCGUUCGACGAGAUCUAUGCUCACUUCGCCAGGGAUGGUUUCCCGGGGAGCGAGUGCGACUUGCCACAGAGAUGUGGCAAGUUUGGAGUUUGUGAGGACAGCCAAUGCGUCGCGUGCCCGUUGCCGAGCGGGCUGAUGGGUUGGAGCAAGAAAUGCGAGCCAGUGACGCUGCCCGCUUGCGGUUCGAGCAAGUUCUAUUACUAUAAAUUGGAAGGGGUUGAUCAUUCCUCAAGUAAGUAUGAUGAAAGUGUGAAAAUGAAAGAGGUGGACUGUGGGAAGAAAUGCUCAAGUGAUUGCAAGUGCAGUGGUUAUUUUUACAACAAGGAGACAUCAAAGUGUUCCAUAGCUUAUGAUCUUCUGACAGUGGCUAAGGUUGAAAACUCCACACAUGUGGGCUACAUUAAAGCACCCAAGCUCUAAUAGCUAUUAGCUAGCUAGGACAUCUUUAAUUAUCUUGAAGUGUUCUACAAUAAAGUGCUGGAGAUACAUAAUAAAGUUGCAAUUCUCCC